AUGCAGGAAUCAGACUGCCAAACAUUAGUUGACAAUGAGUCACUUCCAGUGCCCGAUUUGAAGGAAAUGGAGAUAUCUACCAAUGGUAAUGUAGUUUCAGAAAGCAGGGUUUCUGGAAUUGACAGAAGAUGAAAGCCAAAGGCAUGUUUAAUUUGUUACCCUUCUUCUUUUCUAGUUUUUAACGUGUUUCUUUAGUUUGCAAUGCCUUGAAAUUUGCCAGCUUAAUUUAUCCAUUCUGCAUAUAAAUGACUGCAAUGAUGUUGAUUUUUUUCCUACUGUUUAUUUUAGGCCAGCUGCUCAAGACCACAGAGAAAAGCUGCGUGAAAUUCUUCACAGUCAGAAAGCACAAUAUGCUAUCGUAAUUUUGGUUGUUCUGGACACGAUCAUUGUUAUUGCAGAAUUACUUCUUGAUUUAAGAGCUAUCAAAGGUGAGUGCAGGCAUAUUUGCUGCUGUCAGUGUGUUUUGUCGUUCCUCUGCAAUCUAUUGCAUCUGCCAGAUGAUGAACCAGCUAGAGGUUACAGUAAUUGUAUAUGUUGUACAUGCAGUGUUUAAGUCAAAGUGAAAUCCAGGUUGAAAUGGUUUCAGACUCUUUUUAGGGUGAAGAAGCGAAAGGAACUGAGACGUGACGAGCUUUGAAGCGCGAACAAAUUUUAUGCAAAUUAUAUAGCUGGCUGCACAUUGAAUGUGCAGCCAGCUAAUUUGCAUAAGUAAUUCAAAACCAAGGUCUGACAACUCAGGCUUUUGAGGUGUCGGGUGAAUACUGUAGGACUUCCAUAAAUUGCCCACAACAGAGUAACUCAAGCUACCAUAAACUGAAAUGAAUUCCGAUUAAAGCAAGGUUUAAAUCUCUUUCUGCUCCGCUAACCACUCUUCCAAGGCACAUACUAUUUCGGUAAUAAUAAAACGGCAUAAACAUUUUACAUAGCGCCUUUUUCAGUCUCGGGUAGUAAGAUAGUAUGAAAUGGAGGUAAACUCAAGAAUUCAGUUUUGUGGCUGCAUUGCAACUUUGAAACUUAUUUAAGCCACUUCCUUAAAGGCUAGGAAAAUGUUUGUCAUAAAAUUUGUAAAAGUAGCUUCUUCUACUGUAAUUUAACAUUACCGAAUUUCCGAACUUAACAAACGCGCUAACUACUUUAUAGUCCUGUAUCAGUACGUUAAGGCAUCAAAUCCAUAAAGCCGACAGAAACAAUUAACAGACAAGUACCGAUAUGAUUUAAGAUUUUUUUGUACUGCUUUUAUAUCAAGCAAAUGAAAUAGUCCUGGCAAUAGGUCACCAUCGCAAAAUCACCAAAUUCAGAGGCUCCUAGAUCACUGACACAAAAUACUACAAUAACUGUUCUUAUACUGCUCUUUUACUUCACUUUGUUCUUGGCAACACUUGCGCCAAAAUCAGUUUUAAGCAGGUGCUGAAAAAAUAAGAUGGAAUGAGAGAGAGCUGUUAAUUGACCAUGAAUGUUAAAAAAGAAUAAGAGUUGAAUAAGAUUAUCACCUCCAUAAAUCAAAUAAGUCAAUGUUGUGUAUUUUUUAGGUAUACAUUAGCCGGAUAUACUACAGCAUUGAUUAGAGUAUUUUUGCAAGUUAAUUGUAGAUUUCAGCUAGGUAUACACUACCCAGGAUAGUACAGGAAUGAUUAGAGCAUUUUUGCAAGUCAACUGUAGAUUUCGGGUAUACACUACCCAGGAUAUUAAAGCAUUUUUGCAAGUUAACUGUAGAUUUCAGGUAUACACUACCCAGGAUACUACACAAAUGAUUAGAGUAUUUUUGUAAGUUAACUGUAGAUUUCAGGUAUACACUACCCAGGAUACUACAGGUUAAUACUAUGCAAUGCAGGUAACAAAAGCUCAGGAAGCAAAGGGACCCAGCAUGACCCAGCUAGCAGGGGGUUCAUUAGGGUUUUGAACAGGAGGGCAACUGAGUUUGACACCCGGGCAAAGAAUUGGCAAGGCCAUCCGGGCCUUGCCCCCUAGGGGGUCCGGAGAAUUUUGAAAUUCUAUAGUCGCAGGGAUGUGUUUUCCUACAUUUUGAAGCUGCAGACAAUGACUUUCAACAACCAAAAAAAGAUAACUUUUCUAGACAAUUUAAUCAUGAUUUGAUACCAAUACCCACCACACAAAUUGGACUUUUUGGUUCUCUUUUAAUAGCUCUGCUCAUAAUAAUCUUUACUGAAAGUCACUGUCAGCAUCUGAGCCGUAAUCAACUUAUCUUUAAAAUUUCAAUGACUAGACGGGAGGAGCACUGUUUUAACGUGAACGCACCGAAAAUUAAUUCAUUGGCGUAAACCAUGAGACAAAUAAAAAAUCACGCUUCGCUGCGUUGAACAAGAUGAUUAAUCUAUUCAAUAUAUACAGGCAAGUAAAAGGUUAAAUCACAAAGAAGUCUACUCACUUCUUGGCCUUUUCUCUACUGGAGGCCCUUUGGUUGAAGCCGAAAAAUAAUCCGCUAUCGAACGCGUUCUUUUCUGGGCCGCCACACUCUCGUGCUCGCAACACUGAUACAUUU